AAAACACGCUGCUGGUACCUCUCGCCGGCGAGAUGGACUCUCCAGCAAUCAUCGGUUUCUGGGGUGGGAUGGCCCUGCUGAUCAGCUCCAUCACCGGUCCUGGACUGACUACAAUCCCUCUUCUCUUUCAGGAGGCAGGAUGGUUUACUCCUACUCUCGCAUUCCUCGUUUUCGGCGCAAUCGCCGGCCUCGUGUCCCUCUUUCUCGUCGAGACCAUGUCCACAAUUCACGGCAACGAAUCCUUCCAGUCCCGGGUCGAAUAUGCUACGGUUGCACAUCUAUACCUUGGGAACAAAACCCAUUUUAUAAUGCAGAUUCUUCUAUUCUGCGCUCUACAGAGUGUUAAUCUUUCGAGCAUCAUCAUUUCGGAACAGACCAUGGAUUCCUUGUUAAUCAAAAUCUUUCAUAAGACUUGUGCUAUCAGUUUCACUGAAGGCGCAAUUUGUGUUUCCGAGAUGAAUCCAAGUGGCUCACCCUUCAACUCCUAUAUCCUAGUAUCACUUGGUUACGUUAUAUCCGCAGUGCUGGUCAUUCCCCUCUCGAUGAUGACUCUCGUUGGGAACAUUAAGUUCCAGCUUGCCUCUGUUGCUGCCCUCUUCUUCGUUAUGAUUUCCUGGAUUGCCAUCUUCGUAAAACACGGCCUGAAUCAAAGUAUUCCUGCAAUUGGUGAUAAUCAAAGCAGCCUUGUCGGAUUCGUACUCAACAAUUUUGCCUUUAUUACCACUGUACCCUCUUUCAUAAACGAGCUUUCUCGUACGGUUUCCAUACACAGGGUCAUCUCCUAUCCUAUUGCCAUAUGUGUAGUUCUGUAUUUGAUAGUUGGCCUGCUCGGUGCUGCAAGCUUCAAGACCAGCAGCUCAACUGAUAUUCUCGCAACACUGGCAGCUGCGGACGAAAACAAGGUUCUGACAAUUAUAGUCAAUAUUCUCUUCCCGGUUUCUGUUCUCGUUACAUCGGUUCCAGUAUUUGCUAUUGUAAUUCGCUACAAUCUCGUGAGAGGCAAUGUCUGUUCUGAGAGAUAUGCCAAGAUUUGGGCAAGUUGGCUGCCUUGGGUUCUUAUCAUACCUUUUCAGACAAAAGGCUGGUUACUCGUGGUAAUGAACUGGACGUCACUGAUAUUCGGGUCGAGCACCAACUUUAUCAUACCUCUCCUAUUUUACCUUACGUCGAAGAAACAUUCUGCCAGGACUGCUAAUGCCACAGGUGCACUCGCCCCCGGUGAUGUCUUCAUUCUAUAUGAAGACCGACGAUCUACGCAUAUCGUCCAAAGAGAUGGGGAUCCUUUACCAGCAAUAAUCACCUCUUCCGUAGAAGACGAUGCUCGGUCAGCACGGGAUGCCAGAUCCUCGCCCCUGUUAACCGUCUACCCACCAGCUUCACCAGCUUCAUCUAGUCGUGAACGUUUGACUCAGGAUGCCGACGCCUUACAAGAAAAAGGUACCCUCGAGGAAGUAGACCUUGGCCUCGCAAACGGACGACAAGAAGGUUCCUCAUCAUCACUUGACCCUUCUUCUAUCCCCCUGCGAGUUGUUUACUCCCCCGCUGUCUCCCGCAGCGGUAGUGUAACUCAUGCCGACCGCCCCUCAAUCGUCCUCACCCGGCACGACGGCCCGGGCGAUACUACGCAGACAAUCAGCGCGGAAGACAACUCCGUAAUUUCCUCCCGGCUCCGGUCCAAUUCUUUCGAAGCCCGCUCUAUGGCCGAGAGCACCGUAUACCGCCGCAGCAACAACACUCCCACUGCCUCGAUCGGCGACCCCUCGCCCGCAACCCUAAGCACCCCACCAGCCCCCGCCCCUGUCUUAGGAUCGAGCAACCGGAAUCGCCGGCUAACAAUUGAAGAAGUGGCCGAAGAGCCGCCCGGGUAUGAACCCGCCCCGGACGUCGUCUUCCGCGCCUUUCCCGAGAAGAGCUGGUGGAGCGGCAUCGUGAUCGCGCGCAUCGCCCUCGUUGUCGUCACCGCCGCCGUCCUGGGAAAUCUGAUCUAUACCAUAAUCCAGACGGCGAGAGGCAAUAGUCCGCUCGCGGCUUGA